CCAGUUACGGAAGUGGUUCCCGCCGCUUAUGCCAUGGUCCUGGAACUGUACCUGGAUCUGCUGUCGCAGCCCUGUCGCGCCAUCUAUAUCUUCGCCAAGAAGAACAAUAUCCCGUUCCAGAUGCAUACCGUGGAGCUGCGCAAGGGUGAGCACCUCAGUGAUGCCUUCGCCCAGGUGAACCCCAUGAAGAAGGUACCAGCCAUGAAGGAUGGUGGCUUCACCUUGUGUGAGAGUGUGGCCAUCCUGCUCUACCUGGCGCACAAGUAUAAGGUUCCUGACCACUGGUACCCCCAAGACCUGCAGGCCCGUGCUCGUGUGGAUGAGUACCUGGCAUGGCAGCAUACGACCCUUCGGAGAAGCUGCCUGCGGACCCUGUGGCAUAAGGUGAUGUUCCCCGUUUUCCUGGGUGAGCAGAUACGUCCGGAGAUGCUGGCAGCCACGUUGGCAGAACUGGAUGUUAACCUACAGGUGCUGGAAGACCAGUUCCUCCAGGACAAAGACUUCCUUGUCGGGCCGCACAUCUCCCUGGCCGACUUGGUAGCUAUCACAGAGCUGAUGCACCCUGUAGGUGGUGGCUGCGCAGUCUUUGAAGGGCGUCCCAGGCUGGCUGCAUGGUACCGGAGAGUGGAGGCAGCUGUGGGGAAGGACCUCUUCCGGGAAGCCCAUGAGGUCAUCCUGAAGGUGAGAGACUGUCCACCUGCUGACCCCGUCAUAAAGCAAAAGCUGAUGCCCAGAGUGCUGACCAUGAUCCAGUGACGUCAGAAGCUUCAUCCCUGCACCAGCCAGGCCACUCGAAUUACACGACUGGUGCGCCCCAGCCCUCACGGCAUGAUGGUUACUGGGCGAGGGUCCCUCUUCACCCUUUUCCCAUGCUAGCCACCCAUGGUCACAACUACAACCACUACUUUUCCCUUUGAGUUUGGGCAAUAAACCGAGGCUCGAUUUGAGCUUUA